CUACUUAUGUAUCAGCGGAAACUUAAAUCCUAUAUGAGAAGGAGAUAUGAGCACAUGGCUGAAGGGAUAACAUACCAAGGAGAUACCACAAGCUUCAAUAAAAUAUACACUGAACUCUACAUACUUGAUGGAGACAUUAGAGAAAUCAACAGUGAACAUGAAGUGAGACAGAUUGAGACAGCCAUCAACCGACCAAGGUCUGUAGAAAUGCCAAUCAAGAGUGAAGACAUCUUCAAGCCUUUAUCCAAACAUGACAAACCCAUCCGAACGGUUCUCACAGAGGGGAUCGCGGGCAUUGGUAAAACUGUGCUGGCACAGAAGUUCAUGCUGGACUGGUCAGAGGAGAAGGCCAAUGAAGACAUCCAGCUCCUGUUUUCGCUUCCUUUUAGGGAGCUGAAUUUAAUCAGAAAUGAAGAAAGAAGUUUGAUGGAGCUUCUGCAUGACUUCUCUCCAGACUUGAAAGAAUCUGGACUCAAAGACCUGAAGAUGUACAAAGUUCUGUUUGUACUGGAUGGUCUUGAUGAAUGCAGACUCUGUCUGGAUUUCAAGGGAAAUGAGAGAUGUUGUGAUGCUACACAGUCCGCCUCAGUGGAUGUGCUGCUGACAAACCUCAUUUCAGGUAAUCUGCUACCAAAAGCCAAUCUGUGGAUAACUACCCGACCUGCUGCAGCCGGCUGUAUCCCUCCACAGUAUGUUGACCGGAUCACUGAGGUACGAGGCUUCAGUGACCCACAUAAGGAACAGUACUUCCACAAGAAAAUUAAUGAUGAAAAGUUAGCCAAAAGAGUGGUCACUCACAUCAAGUCAACAAGAAGUCUCUACAUCAUGUGUCAUGUGCCAGUGUUUUGCUUGAUUUCCUCUAUUGUCCUCGGAAAAAUGUGUGCCAAAGCAGGAGGAGGAAAGAUGCCAAAGACACUGACUCAGAUGUACAUCCACUUUCUGGCACAUCAGACCACACAGAUGCACGUCAAGUACUGUGAAGAGCAAGAACUGGACUCUCAAGGGAAUAACAAUAUGAUUAUGUCACUUGGGAAAUUGGCCUUCCAGCAGCUGCAGAAAGGCAACCUGAUCUUCUACGAGGAAGAUCUUAGAGAAUGUGGUAUUGAUGUCAAAAAGGCAUCUGUCUACUCAGGGAUCUGCACUCAAGUCUUUAGGGAAGAGUCCUGGAUGCAGCAUAAAGUCUUCUGCUUUGUGCAUCUGUCUGUCCAAGAGUUUCUUGCUGCAUUGUACGUACAUGUGAUGUACAAGGUCAAUGGUGUAAACCUGAUGGUGAUCAAAGAACCUGAACAAAUCAUCAAAACAAAGCCGGUAUUCCACUUGCACAAAGCUGCAGUGGACAGAGCUUUACAAAGCGUCAACGGCCACCUGGAUCUCUUCCUGCGUUUCCUCCUCGGACUCUCUCUGGAGUCCAGUCAGGGUCUGCUCAGAGGCCUGAAGAUACAAGUAGAAACCUGUGACUCCCAAAGUCACGUAGAAAUCAUCAAGUUCAUCAAAGACAAAAUCAGGCAGACCCCUCACUCUGACAGGUGUAUAAAUCUCUUCCACUGUUUGAGUGAGUUAAAUGAUGACUCUCUGGUGGAGGAGAUCCAGAACUACUUGAACUCGGACCAGGACUCGGCGACAGAUGAGUUCUCUUCAACACAGUGGGCAGCUCUGGUCUUUGUGUUGCUGACCUCACAAAAGCAUCUUGAGCUGUUCGAACUUAAGAGGUACUCCAAGAAUGAAGAAGGUCUUCAGAGGCUCUUGCCAGUCUUAAAAGCAUCCAGAUCAGCAAAGUUGAAUGAUUGUAGACUCACUGCCAACAUUUGCCAGGCACUGUCCUCAACUCUCAGUUCAACAUCAGAACUGUGUGAUUUAGACGUAAGUGACAACAGUUUACAAGACUCUGGCGUUGAGCUUCUCUUCCCCGGACUCCAGAGCCCACACUGCAGACUGAAGACACUGACGCUCAACAGAUGCGGUCUCACCCAGAGAUGCUGUGAACAGCUGGCUUCUGUCCUCACCUGUACCUCAUCACAUCUUCAAAAGCUGGACCUGAGUGACAAUGACAUCGGAGACUCAGGAGUGCAGCUGCUCAGCACCGGACUGGGAAAUGUGUGCUGUAAACUGGAAAUGCUCAGGUUGUCAUUCUGUUGCAUUACGGAGAAAGGUUGUGGUUUCUUGGCAUCAGCAGUGAAAUCCAACCCAUCCCACCUGAGAGAGAUGGACCUGAGCUACAAUCACCUCGGAGAGUCAGGAGUGAAGUUCAUCUCUGAAGCUCUUGAGGAGGGACGAUGUGAAUUAACUAAACUAAGAGUCGACCACAAUGCAGAAUGCUGGUUAAAACCUGGACUGAGAAAAUAUGCAUGUGAGCUCACAGUGGAUCUCAACACCGCUCACAAACUCCUCAUUAUCUCUGAUGGCAAGCGAAAAGUUACCCAGGGUACAGAGGAGCAGCCAUAUCCCGAUCACCCUGACAGGUUUGACUACUGGACUCAAGUCCUGUUCCAGCAGUGCUUGAGUAGCCGCUGUUACUGGGAGGUGGAGUGGGAAGGAAACUGGGCCGGGAUCGGGGUGACCUACAAGGGCAUCAGUCGUAAGGGUGUGCCAAACAACUGUGUGAUAGGAUACAAUGGGAUGUCUUGGGGUCUGCACUGUUCUGCUCAUGGCUACGCAGCAUAUCAUAAUAUCAAGAGUAUUGCCAUUUCAGUCCCUUCAUCAGGUUGCCGUAGGGUGGCGGUGUAUCUGGACUGGGUGGCUGGCAUCUUGUCCUUCUACAGAGUCUCUCCUGGAAGAUCACUGACACACCUUCACACCUUCUUCACCACAUUCACUGAGCCUCUUUACCCAGGGUUUAGAGUCUGGGACUAUGGCUCCUCUGUCACACUGUGUCAGCUGAAGUAG